AUGGCCCCGCUGGGUGAGGACACGCCGCUGAUCGGGGGCCGCUCCUGCAGCCUCUCCUCGGCCGAGCCCGGCAAGACGGGCACCCUGAGGGUGCUCCUGUACCCCCGGGCACCCGCCCCGCGCAGCCCCCCCGGCGCCCUCACCUUCAGCAGCGGCGAGUUCACGGCCGAGGAGCUCUGUGUGCGCGCGGCCAAGGCCUGUGGCGUGCUGCCCGUGUGCCACCCGCUCUUCGCCCUGGCCACGGAGGAUCUGAGCUGCUGGUUCCCCCCCAACCACCUCUUCACCGUGGACGAGUCCAGCAGCCAGGUCGUGGUGUACAGGAUCAGGUUCUUCUUCCCCAACUGGUGUGGACUGGGACAGUCUCACCGCUUCCAGCUGCUCAAUGACCGGGCCAGCCCCGUCCUGGACUACCCUGUCAUCGAUUACCUGUUUGCCCAGUCCCGCAGUGACUUUGUCGAGGGCCGCGUGGCCGUGGGGCUGAGCCUGCCCACGCAGGAGGAGUGCCUGGGCCUGGCCCUGCUGGACAUGCUGCGCAUCGCCAAGGAGGAGAGGCAGAGCCCCGACCAGGUCUGCAGCCACGUCAGCUACAAGUCCUGCAUCCCGGAGCCGCUGCGGAGCCAGAUCCAGCAGCACAACUUCCUCACCCGCAAGCGCAUCCGGCGCCGCUUCAGCAAAUCCCUGCGGAAGCUCGGGGGCUGCCAGACCGACGGGCCCCACCUGAAGCUCAAGUACCUGCUGGACCUGGAGCGGCUGCAGCGCCGCCGGGCCGAGGAGACUUUCCGCGUCCGCUCCCCCGGGUCCCCCGCGGGCAUCACCAUCCACGUGGCCGGGGAGAGCGGCGUGUCCUGGAGCUGCGGCGGCUCCGAGAACCGCCAGCACUUCUGCGACUUCCCCGACAUCGCCGACAUCAGCAUCAAGCAGGCGGGCGGGGAGGGCGGCCCCGCGGAGGCUCGGCUCGUCACCCUCACCAAGGCGGACAACCGCGUGCUGGAGGUGGAGUUCCCCACGCUGCGGGAGGCCCGUUCCUUCGUGGCUCUCAUCGACGGCUACUACCGGCUGACGGCGGACGCCCAGCAUUACUUCUGCAAGGAGGUGGCACCCCCCCGGCUCCUGGAGGACGUGGAGAACCAGUGCCACGGGCCCAUCAGCGCCGAGUUCGCCGUGAGCAAGCUGAAGGCGGCCGGGAGCCCCCCGGGGCUGUACCUGCUGCGCCGCAGCCCCCAGGACUUCGACAGUUACCUGCUGACCGUCUGCGUCCAGACCCGCUCCGGGCAGGACUACAGGCGGUGCCAGAUCCGCAGGGACGAGGAGGGACACUUCUGGCUGUCGGGGGUGUCGCGGAGGUUCUGCAGCCUGCAGGAGCUGCUGGGCACCUACGGGCACUGGGGGCUGCAGGCAGAGGGGGCUCGGAUGCACCUGGGGGCCUGCUGCCCGCCCCGCCCCAAAGGUGACCCCCCCCUGCUGAUCGUUCGGAGGGGGGCCCCCCCCCCCCCCCCCGGCCCCCCCCCGGCCCCCCGGCGCCGCAGCCUCCACCAGAUGAUGUUCCACAAGAUCGACCCCCAGAGCCUCACACGGGGCGAGAGCCUCGGCCAGGGCUCCUUCACCCAGAUCUACAAGGGCGUCAAGCGGGACCAGGAGGAGGAGGAGGAGGAGGAGGGGGACGGGCCCCGCCAGACCACCGUGGUGCUCAAGGUCAUGGACAGCAGCCACCGCAACUGCUCCGAGUCCUUCCUGGAGGCAGCCAGCACCAUGAGCCAGCUCUCCCACAAGCACCUGGUCCUGCUGCACGGCGUCAGCCUGGGGAAGGACAGCGUGAUGGUGCAGGAGUUUGUCCGGCACGGCCCCCUGGACCUCUACCUGCGCAAGAAACAGGGCGAGGGCUCGGUGACCACCAGCUGGAAGCUGACGGUGGCCAAGCAGUUGGCCUAUGCCCUCAACUACCUGGAGGACAAGAAGAUCACCCACGGGAACGUCUCUGCCAAGAAGGUGCUGCUGCUUUGGGGCUGUUCAGGGGCUGUUCGGGGUGGCCCCAGACACCCCACAGCCACCCCGGGCCCCCUCUUCCCGCCCCUGCAGAAGCUGGAUUUCUACCAGAGCCGGCUGCAGCUCCCGGCUCCCAAGUGGCCGGAGCUGGCCACGCUCAUGGCCCAGUGCAUGGAAUACGAGCCCCAGCGCCGGCCCUGCUUCCGCGCCCUCAUCCGCGACCUCAACAGCCUCAUCACCUCCGACUACGAGCUGCUGUCGGACCUGUCCCCCGCGGACGUGGCGCUCCGGGACAGCCUCUGGGGACACGAACCCCUGGCCGUGAGCCGGGACCCCGAGCACUUCCAGGAGCGGCACCUCAAGUACAUCUCACUGCUGGGAAAGGGUAAUUUUGGGAGCGUGGAGCUGUGCCGCUACGACCCCCUGGGGGACAGCACGGGCGAGCUGGUGGCGGUGAAGAAGCUGCAGCAGGACUCGGCCAAGGAGCUGCGGGAUUUCGAGCGGGAGAUCCAGAUCCUGCACUCGCUGCAGCACGACUUCAUCGUCCGCUACCGCGGCGUCUGCUACAGCCGGGGAUGGCGGGGGCUGCGGCUGGUGAUGGAAUUCCUGCCCAACGGCUGCCUGCGGGAUUACCUGCAGAAGAACCAGCCCCGCCUGGACCACAGGGCGCUGCUCCUCUACGCCUGGCAGAUCUGCAAGGGCAUGGAAUACCUGGGGGGGCAGCGCUGCGUGCACCGGGACCUGGCCAGCAGGAACAUCCUGGUGGAGAGCGAGAGCCACGUCAAGAUCGGGGAUUUCGGGCUGGCCAAGCUGCUCCCGCAGGACAAGGACUAUUACGUGGUGCGGGAGCCCGGCCAGAGCCCCGUCUUCUGGUACGCUCCCGAAUCCCUGGCAGACAACGUCUUCUCCUGCGCAUCCGACGCCUGGAGCUUCGGGGUCCUGCUCUACGAGCUCUUCACCUACAGCAACAAGAGCAAGAGCCCCUCGGAGGAGUUCCUCCGGAUGAUGGGCACCGGGAAGCCGGCGCAGAUCAUCUGCCACUUGCUGGAGCUCCUCAAGGACAACCGGCGCCUCCCGGUGCCGUCCGGCUGCCCCGCGGAGGUCUACUCGCUGAUGAUGAGCUGCUGGGCCUUCGCUCCCAGCGCCAGGCCCACUUUUGGGGAGCUGUCCCCCAGGAUCGAGGCGCUGCGGGAUGGUCGGAGCAAAGCCCGUGGGUAGAACACCCCCCCCCAAAAAAACUCCCCCCUGGCUGGGACCUCCGGACACCCACCUCCCUCCUCAGCACCGUGUGGCCACAACGAAGCUUCAAGGAGCUCUGAGGGGCACAGUGUGGGGGGGACAAGACCCCCGUGCCCCUCUCCCAAUGGCACACAGACACUCCCCCGCGCUGCCCCUUGGCUUCCCCCCCUCCCCUUCUCCCUGUUCCUGCCUCCACCACGGCUAAUUCAGCCUUAUUUUAUUAAAGUUUGGUAAAUUUUCCAGCUGGGGUGAGGUGAGGGCGUGCCUGGGGAGGGGGGACACGUGGGGAAGGGGGGUGUGGGCGUCUGGUUGCUGUGGAGCUGCUGGGAGAGAGCAGGCACAUCCCAGUGAGGGGGCCCCGGCUCGGCACUGUGGGGUCAAUGCCCACCCCAGUGGGCUCAGGGGAUUCCUUUGCUCCCACCCUGAGCCCAUGAUCCCCCCCAAAACCAGCCCCGUCGUCCCUGCACCCGCUCAGAAAGGCUCCAGACCCCAGAUCCUCAUUAACAACACGCACUCGGUUCUUCUCCCUCUGCCGCCUUUGGCCACGGGAGGGCAGAUUUGGGGUGAAACCAGACAGGAACAGGCCCGGAGCAGCGCGGAACUGAGUCCGAGAGCCGGGAUUCAGCAUUCCAGACAUCACUCUGCCCUCCUGGCAGGACCAUCCCUGGGGUCCCCCUUCCCAGUACGGAGCAGCAGCUACAGGGGUUGGGAGGGAACCACAGCCCAGGGGGUCCUGGGGUGUUUCCUGCCAGCUCUGGAUCCUCCUCAGUGGCCCUAAAAGAUGC